AAAUUCAACCAGCAACCGGCAGUAUCAUUGGCAACGUAGAUUGUACUACAGAAAAACAACAUUAGUCUAGUCAAUUAAAUGACAUACUUAUACAUACCUAAAAUAAUCCGAUAUACACUAAUCUGGAGCAAAAUUAUAUGGUUGCAGUUUGUACCACUAUGCAGUGGGACUGUAAUGCGGUUACUUUCAAUAUGGGACAAAAACAACUUCUCCAUGGUAUUUCUCCAUGUUUUUCCAUACAAAAGUAUCAAUUUUAAUUUUUUUCCAGAAAAUAUGAUAUUAAUUAAGUCGAUUCCCGAUGAUAACUCGAAAGUGACCAAAAUCAGUAUGGGACAGUUAUGCGGGUACCGGCAGUAUAGGUUGGACUCGAUUAGAUGUAGGCUCGAUAUAUAGUUAUGUCCGAGCCUGCCAGCUUACCCUUAUCAUAUCAUGGUUAUCACCCAGCAUCAGACGAGCCAACUUCCCAGCCAUUCCUUUAUCAUAUCGUGGUUAUCACCCAGCAUCAGAUGAGCCAACUUGCCAGCCAUUCCACAUUGCAGUUCUCACGCAGCGUCAAACAUUCAACCAGCCAGCUCAUCAAUUUUGAAUCUUCGGCAUCAUCGUUCCCAUGCAGCACCAAGCUACAAAGCAACGACGAUUGGAAUAUGAAUCCUGGAACGUGACAAUUGAACAAGGGACAUCGCGCCGGCACCGAUGAUGGUUCCCAGCUGACCUCAGCAAGCUAGCUUAGUAGUUAGGUUGUUAGACGGUUAGGAGAAGAAGUCACAGGCAGUUCUAGUUUAGAUUUGGUAGUGAAUAGAUCGUUUAGUGAAUACUAAUGUUUUUUAAAAAGUUCUUAAUGGAAAGAAAUCCAUAAGUGGCGCAGUCGACGGCCCUUUCUACGUAAAGAAAAGUGAAGCUUGAACAAACGCUAGUGCAUUAAUAACAGUUGACCAACAAGGGCAAGUGUAAUUUGGAACUCAACCCGUAGCGCCAAGUGCAAGUGCUAUUUGUUGAACAAUCUCUGUGUUAAAGUGCAAGUGCGAUUGUGCUCGACCCUGUAGCUUAGGACGCCCGACGAAAAAUUCAUCGAGAAUUUGGAUCCAUCCCUCGACACGUAGGCGACUUGUGACGUCCCAUUCCAGCAACACUUCUUCUGAGCGGUUGGCUUCAGCCAUUUGAGAUUGGGAGAACAACACAAAUCGGUCUGGAUACGAUGCGGUGGAUCCUGUUUUUAUUCUCCAUUUUCCCAAUCCUAUCAACCCACCUUUACUUUCAAGCAUACGGUGCACACCUAGAAAUCACGGACUUGAAUGACAACCCAGGUAUUGUAGCUCUUAAAGUAGGUAACACUUUCAUUAGAGAAGGAUAUGAUUGGUUAGUUCAUACAUUCAAAUUAGAUACUUUUCAAGAAAUUUUAAAUCAGUAUGAUAUAAUGAUAAGUCAAAUAAAUUCAAAUGUAAACAUGAAAGAUUUUAAAGAUAUUCUAAAAAUGAAAUUUAUACAAACAAGCUUGACAUUACAAAAACUUAGUCCUAGAAGAAAAACAAAGAGAGCUAUUAAUAUUCUGGGUACGUUAAUUAAAACCAUUACAGGAAAUUUAGAUAAUGAUGAUCUAGUUACCUUAAAUCAAAAGAUUAGUUACCUACAUUAUUCAAAUAAGGAUCUUAUUAUGAAUAACAAUGAACAAAUUAAAAUAAAUAAUCAGUUUCAAGACAGAAUUACCAAUUUAACAAAAGUAAUUUACAAUGAAAAAGAAGAAAUAGGUAAGCUCACACAUCAGUUUAGGACAAAUAAAAACAUGAAGGUCUCCUGGGAACAGCUGCAACAUUUCCAGAGGUUAAUCUUCAACUUAGACGUAAUUCAACGGCAGUUGGACGAUAUCUCGGAUUCGAUCGUCAUGGCUAAAGUAGGGGUUUUAUCCAAGAGCAUCCUUCAAGCUACGGAAAUUAAUUAUAUUAUUGACAAAUUGGAAAAUUCAGGAAUUUCCGUAAACAGUGACGAACAGGUUUACGAAUUUUUAGAACCAGCAGCUUUCUACAACGGUUCAUGUAUUGUGUUUCUCAUAAAAAUUCCAAAAUUCUUACAAGGAAUCUACCAGCAAAUUAUUGUGGAGAAUAUUCCCAUCAAUGAAGAAAUAAUACCGAUCGAUUUCACGCACGCAGUUUUAGGGACGAACGUAACAUUUGUCAUGAACGAUACUUGCGUAAACAUCGAACAAAAUAUCAUUUGCAAGUUACAGACAAUGAAGAAUGUCUCUAAUGAUAUGUGCAUACAUCGAUUAUUAAAAGGGAAUCCCAGUAGCUGUCCAUUUAAAAAAUACAAUGGAAUUCAUGAAGUUAAGUCCAUGGGAAACGGAAAAAUUCUGAUUCGAAAUGCACUUAAAGCUGUGCAAUUAAAAAACAGUUGUGGUUAUGGUCCUAAAAAUCUUACAGGAUCAUUUCUUAUCACUUUUAGAAACUGUUCUGUCGAAAUAGAGAAUCAAUCGGUUGAAAACACCCAAUUGGACUAUAGCAACAUUUUGGAAAUGCUACCAUUGCAAUCAACAUUAAUCAACAAAUCGAAGACUAUAGUAACAGACACACAAAUCUUACAACAAUUACAUACCAACAAUAGAAAGCGUAUUGAAGUUUUGGAAACAAAUAAUCAUCAUGUUUCAUACGGAGGAACUUUCACGGUAAUCAUCCUUCUAAUAAUAACUGGUUACCUGUUCAAAGAAAUAAGGACAAUUUGGACGAAAAUUGUAAUCAAACCAAGUAAACCCACGGACACCAACAUCGAGUUGAACCGGGUUCAAGCUAAGAAGGGGGGAGUUAUGUCCGAGCCUGCCAGCUUACCCUUAUCAUAUCAUGGUUAUCACCCAGCAUCAGACGAGCCAACUUCCCAGCCAUUCCUUUAUCAUAUCGUGGUUAUCACCCAGCAUCAGAUGAGCCAACUUGCCAGCCAUUCCACAUUGCAGUUCUCACGCAGCGUCAAACAUUCAACCAGCCAGUUCAUCAAUUUUGAAUCUUCGGAAUCAUCGCUACCACCAAGCUACAAAGCAACGACGAUUGGAAUAUGAAUCCUGGAACGUGACAAUUGAACGAGGGACAUCGCGCCGCCACCGAUGAUGGUUCCCAGCUGACCUCAGCAAGCUACCUUAGUAGUUAGGUUGUU